UCAGAAGUUAAACGACUGUAAGCUUGAGCGGUUGAAAUUUUGUCGGUUUCGUAUAGAAUUCAUUAACAUGGUCGGUACACAGUGUUAACUUGUUGAAUAUUUGUUGUUUUCUUGUUAAUAGUGGUGCUGCGGGUACAAAACGUUAAAUGUUUUCAUUUACAUAUAAAAAACAUAAAAAAUCAUAAUAAAAAAGUUUAAAUUAAAUAAAACAACAUAAAGAGUUAAACAUGUGGCCUUUUAAAAGUGUUCUUAUAAACUGGAUUUGUUAUAAAUAAUUAGUUUUUCUUAAGAAACUAAAAAAGUGUGCCUAAGUAACCAAAAAAGAAAAAAUAGAAUAAAUAUAAAUCAAUAAAGUGCCUGACAAUAUGAUGACGCCUAGACGUCUUGUCUUUAAUGGAUUUGCAGUUACAAUUCUGAUUGCUUUAAGUUUCAUAACCACAAUUAAAACACAAAAUAGUGAAUUAUUUGAAUCUGCGGAGUUUCCCAAUAGUCAGUAUGACGUCGACCCAGAUUUUCAUACAAACACACAGUUGCAAUUUGCACCGCCACUGCCAACAACCAAAUCACCACCUCCCCUAUUGGGGCCAGACGACAAUACGCUGAUGUCAUCGUCUUCUUCGUCGUCGUCGUCGUCUGCCUCCACCUCUUAUACAGAAUUGAAUGGCGGCAGUAUAUUAAAUGAGCGUAUAUUACGUUCUAGUGAAAGUCCUUAUAGCGUUCGAGAACACAUUACAGUGGAGAGAAAUGCCAAGUUAAUCAUUGAACCUGGUGUGCGUUUGGAAUUUGCUCCAACUGUUGGUUUGACCAUAAAAGGAAUAUUGCAUGCAGUGGGAACACCAACGGCACGCAUUACUUUGACAGCACAAGGUCACAAUGUAGAACUGCCAGAUGUAGAGGAGCGUGGCAUACGUUUGGUAGAUGGGCCGACACCCUUAGAGGGCAGGUUGGAGAUCUUUCACAAGGGAUCAUGGCGGUCUGUUUGUACCAAUUCAAGAAAUUGGACCAUGAUUGACUAUGAGGUGGCUUGCCGACAAUUGGGUUUCAAGGGAGGCCGCUUUUGGAAUUGGGUUGAUCGUACUCCCGAUCAAAGGCCUCGCUUGCUUUAUGAGUUACCCAAUUGCAAGGGUUCAGAGAAUUCACUAUUGGAUUGUCAGUGGUCUUCUAGACAGCUGGGUUCCGGGGUAUGCGACUACCACAGUGACAUUGGUAUACAAUGCAAGGCCAUACACAGCAUACAAUUAACACAUUGGCGAGGCUUGUAUUUUGAUAAUGCUCCCACCACCAAGACUUUGGCCAGAGACAAUACCGUUUAUUAUACCAAAUCUAAAUCGACCCUGAAAUAUGUGGACAUCAUAAGAGCCGGUAAUGGUUUGAAACAGUCAGCUAAAUCAGCCUUGGAAUCUAUAGGCAUACCACCCGUGGUGCAACAUGUGGUUAUUACGCAUUCAGCUUAUACCGGUUUUAAUGCCACACGACCAUAUGGCGGCUUUCUAAUGCAAAAUGUUACUGUACGGAAAAGCAAUGGCAUUGGCAUCUUUGUCAAUUCCAGUCAAGGUUAUGUGCAACUAACUGGCUGUAAUAUACAAGAUAAUUUUGCAGAUGGUGUCAAAUAUGUGGGUCAUGAUUUGAGAGUGGACGAGAGACCUGACAGAUCUUCAAUAUACGACUUUUGCACUCUGCCCACCACCUCCGGGCAAACCUAUCCCAUUACCUUGUCUUUCAGCCAGAAGUUUUAUGCUGGUUCAGCCAAAGAAUGUGCCAAAUACUUUUUUACCAAACCCGGCUAUGUGCUGACUGUGCAAUUCGAACAAUUUGUUUUGAAAAACAAUGAAACUGUUUCGGUGGAAAUAUUUGAUGGUGCUUCGGCCAAUGAUCGUUUGUUGUUCUUUUGGAAAGCACGCAACUUUACCAGGCCUCAGAGUGUUACCUCCAGCAGGGAGAAGCUGUAUAUAAGAAUAAAGGCCGACAUGCGUGAAGAAAUCAAUGGUUUUAUACGCAUUACCACAGGAGACACAAGUGCUUUCGAUUUGAGAGUUCUGGACUCCACCGUGCAAGAUAAUAGUGGUCGUGGCAUAGCUGUAGACCACUUGAGAUCUAGAUUACAUGUACACACUUCCUCAGUAUCGGGCAAUGGUCAUGUGGCUGGUGUUCAUAUUACAAGUGGUGCUGGAGAUGUCAAUAUAACCGAAACUAAUAUAAGCUACAAUCAAGGUUCCGGAGUUAAUAUCACUUACACGGGAGGUAAUCGUAAUGUUUCUCGAAGUUAUGUGAACUUCAAUAAAGGUUUUGGCAUAGCGGUAUGGUUAAAUGAGACGAAUGAUCCCAAUAGGGUGGAAUAUAUACCCUUCAAUCAGACCACAGCAGUGGAGUACUCUCACCUCAACUCCAACUUAGAAACUGGUAUAUUGCAUGGUAAUUUCUGUCAACCUUUGUGGGUGAAUAUAACUGGAAACUAUUUCAAUGGCAGUGCAGAUAAUGACAUACGUUUGGAAACAUGUUGGAGAUCUUUGGAGCCCAAUGAACCCAAUAUGCAUUUGCAAAUAGGGCAUAAUUCUUUUGAGAGCAGCCAACAGAAUUCAAUAUACAUUAGUCCGGCCUUAAAUCUUCAAGGAAGAGUAGAAUUUAAUCAAUUCCGUUAUGGUGAAUAUGGCUGCAUCUAUAUACGCAAUGAUUUCAUAUUCCAGGAAUUUAAUUUUAUGCCGGUGCGUUUGCUGAUACAAAGCAAUUAUUUCAUUAAAAAUCAAGGUGUUCAUGUGGUGUCUUUGGGUUUGUCGCCCUAUAGUCGUAAAGAUGUACAAAGUCUUUUGUUUACCCGCAAUUUUGUAAGAGAAAAUCGUAUAAUGGAGUUCUUUGGUCCACCGGUCGAGGGUAGUGAGGGUUCCGAUGGUGCUGGUCGCUUGAAUCCAAGAUCUAGAGUAGCAGCCGCCGUUGUAGUGGGUUCGAAUAAUGUGGAUAUCUUUCGCAAUAUUUUACACAAUCUGGAUUCGACCUAUGAAAUUGGCUCCCAGCUGAGUGAUCAAAGUCAAAUAAUCAAUGCCACCUAUAAUUGGUUGGGACAUACGGAUGAAACGAAAAUAUAUGCCCGCUUGUUUCAUCGCAAUGAUCGCUAUAAUUUGGCUAAAAUAGAGUAUAUUCCCUAUUUGCUGCACAGUUCAAACCCGGGCUCCACCACAGUCAUUGCCAUAUCCACCUUUGUGCCCCGAUUUUAUCGAGAAGGCUCUGAAUAUAUUGGUGGUGAAGUUGAUGGCCAGGAAAUGAUACCAGCUGGCACUUAUACUGUUAAUAAAGAUAUCAAUAUUAGACCUGGAGGCAAAUUGAUUUUACAGCCAGGCGUUACUUUACAAUUUGAACCCAGUGUGGGCAUGAUGGUGGCUGGUAAACUGGAGGCGAGAGGUAGAAGACCAGAUGAUAUUUUCCUAACCCUUAAACGCAAUACUAUAAUGCCCAUGGAUGUGGAUUCCUCGACCAAUCAUGAAAUGAUCGAUGUGGAAAAUCUAGAUAUGGAUACCGAAACCAUAAUUGGAGGCGAGGAGACGCCUUUAGUUAAUGUAAGACUUUUGGGCGGUGCAGGCCCUUAUGAAGGUCGCCUGCAACUUUAUUUGAAUGGCAGAUGGGGUACUGUAUGUGAUUAUGGUUGGACAGAACUGAAUACCGCCUUAGUAUGUCAUCAUUUGGGUUAUACAUUGAAUCCCAAAGACUGGCGUUUAUUGAGAUCCCAAAUGCCUGCUGUUGGCAUAACCGAGGAUGUGAUUGUUUCUAAUGUACGCUGCACAGCCCAUGAUCGUGAUAUUACCAAAUGUAAAGCUGAAUAUUUGAAUAGAGGAGACUUUGAGAAUUCCUGUUCCCAUGAAAAUGAUGUGGGUAUACGUUGUUAUGAAGGAGCCUGGGCGGGAGUACGAUUUAGCAUGUUGGCUGAGAGAGCAGAUCUGCAGUAUGUCACCAUUGAAAAGGCCGGACUAUUUGAUUAUACCACCAAUGCCUUUAAGCCAGCCUUGCAAAUGGAUUUUGCCCGCCACAAUUUGGAAAAUGUGAGAAUUGUCGAUAAUUUAGAUGAUGGUUUGGGUGUGAUAUAUGCCGAUAUUUAUGGUGGUAGAUCUAUAAACAAUAUACGUAAUUCCGAGUUUGUGGGCAAUAGAGGUAGCGGCAUAAGUUUUAAACAGUUGGACUUUCGUAUACAAGGUUCUAUCAUAAAAAACAAUAGAGGCAGUGGCAUUUCCCAUGAUCCUGUUAUAGCAGCCAAUGAUCAGUUGGAAAUUGGAGGCUGGUUUAAAAUGGCCAUUGAUUUUAAUACAUUCGAAACUAAUUACGAGCCUUAUAACCUGCCCUCUGAUCAGGGAAAUAUUGAGCUGGGCACCUGGGAAAGCAAAUACAUACGCACAGAGGAAGUAUUGGGUGCUUCGGUAAGCAAAAAGCUAUUUGUAAGAUGUCCUGCUGGUUAUGUAUUGGGUAUACAGCUAUUAAAUCCGAUAAACAAUCAAUCCACUGAGAGCGUUAUUAUUUUAAACUCCCAAACUGAAAAUCAAAGAUCUCAAUUAUGGGAUGUUAAAAGAGAUUUAAAUGUUUUUCCCACUACCAGCAGCAGUUAUGGUAUAGUGAUAUACUAUGAAAGUGGCGCAAAUGCUUUGGGUGGAGCUGUUUUAAUGUUGACCACUGUGGUGGCGCCAGUACAAAAUAUACGCAACAAAGUGGUGUCAGGACCAGUACCUUCUCUGCACUUACGAUCCACCAAGAUUCAAAAGAACUUGAGAGGCCUUUCAGCUAUAUACUAUAACAGAUAUCGUGGCAAUGAGGGAGAAUAUUAUUUAAGGAAAGCCAAUGAGUCCAUCAAAAUAGUCAAUUGUGAAAUCAGCAACAAUUAUCUGGAAGCAGUUUUGCUUAAUUCCCCCUUUUGGGAUGUUAUCAGCAGUAAUCUCUCCGAAAUAACUUUACACUUAAACAGUUCUACUAUAACCCAAAAUGGCUAUGGCAUACGGCAACUUUCCAAAGACUUGAGGUCUUCUAAUAAUCUCUUCCAUUAUGUUAUACAGGAUACAACGGUGGAGGAUAAUAAAAAUGGCGGCUUCCAGGUUUCCUUGCCCUAUGUGUGGCAGUAUAAUGAAAAUUUCACGCACAGCAUACAUUUUGGCAAUACCACCUGGCAACGUAAUCGAAACUUUUGUAUUGAUGUCUCGGGCCAUUAUGCUGAUUUCAACAUAACCUCAAAUGCUUUUCUUAACAAUCAGUGUCCUCUGAGUUUAAUUGCAGUGGCGGGCAUGGAAAAACGUAUUAAGUUUGACUACAAUCGCAUAGAGCAGAAUAUGGCUAAAUAUGUUAUGGAAUUUAAGGCAGACAGUUUGAGUGAAAAGUUGGGCGAAGUUAAGGCCACCAUAGAGUACAACACCAUUAAGAGAAAUACAAAUUUUGAACCCUUAAGACAUUUGCCCGCACUAAUGCAUGCCAACAAAUUGGCAGCCCAAAAUAUUAUGCCCACGGCUGUAAUACGCAUCGAUGGUAUACAAAAUGUUAAACUCUAUCGCAAUCUCAUAGCGGAAAACUCUCUCAGAUACAACCUGGUGGCUGGCUUAAGAUCAGCCCGGCUGGACAAUUAUUUCUAUGCCAGCGAGAACUGGUGGGGUUCUAGUGAAAUUGAUUUUAUAGAAUCGAAAAUAUUUGAUUUUGAUAAUUGGAAUGAUCAUGCUGAUGUCAUCUUUCAACCUUAUUUAAUAGAAGACUCUUACGAUGCCAGUGUUUCGUUGGUUAAGGAAAAUCGGGAUGCCAUAGAUUUGAACAGCUGGCAGGGUGGUCGUAUAUUUACAGAUCUUUUCAUACGUAAAAGAGAGGAACCCUAUAUAAUUAAAAAUGAUAUAACUGUCAUGCCCGCGGCCACUUUAACUAUACAGCAUGGUGUUAAAAUGGAAUUUGAGCCCAGCAUAGGCAUGUUGGUCUUGGGAUCGCUAAGUGCCAUUGGUUACCAAGAGUCACCCAUUGUAAUGAGACCCUUUAAAAAUGCCACCCAUGAAUCGUAUUCUCUGUUAAACAAACGAGCUUUGGAAGAUAUGUCACAAAUGCAAACCCACGACUCCAUAAGACUGUGUACAAAUUCCCAAAAUUGCAGUUCAGAUACCAGUGACAUUUAUGAUAUUAAUCAAGGGUUCUUGGAGUACUUCAACCACACUACUCUGCAAUGGGUGCCUAUAUGUGACAGCCGUUUUACAGAGCGCAAUGCCCAAGUAGUGUGUCGUGAAUUGGGCUACGAUCCUUUGAAUGUUUAUUACUCUCACGAUCGUAGAAUUGAAUUUCAUACAAAUUCUUUGACCAGAAUUUGGACCUGGGUGCAACCUUUGGAGUGUCGAGGAGAUGAAACACGAAUGUCUGAGUGUGAAGAACGACUGAAUGGUCAGGUUUAUGGUCAUAGACACGAGUGUCGCUGGGAUGAUGUGUUUGUAUUUGUUAGUUGCAAGGGAACGCCAGAGGAUGAAGUCUAUUGGGGUGGCAUACGUUUUAGUAAUGCUCAGUUCGAGGAAAAUCAGUACGAACAUCGCUAUCAUGACAUACUCACUCAUAGUUUGCAGAAGAACAAAGACAGUAAAUUGGAAUUUGUGAACAUUGAAAAUGCCGGCAUCUUGCACAAUCAAAAAUCGGCUGCCAUUCAAGCCAUUUUCAAAACACCCUCCAUAACAGCGGUAACCAUUAAGAAUUCCGCCAAUCAUGGUGUUAAUUUUGUGGCCCCCAGUGGUCCCAUUAACCUAAACCUAUUAAAUAUCUCCCAGGCUUUGGGAGUAGGCAUAAACAUUGUCUCCUUGACCGGUGAGGGCAGAGAAAGUGAAGAAUCCAGCUUUACUCCUCUCAAAAAUUUAGACAUGCCCUAUAAACUCUUCUCCAUGAUAGAUAUUUGCGAUCCUCAAAAGUCCAUUAUAAUAGAAGAACGUGUAUUGGUGUAUUACAAGUAUGAUAAUAAUCCGGUGAAUUGUGUCAAAAUGUUUACUGCCGCCUAUAGAGCCAAACCCAUAGGUUUCCGUUUGCUGCAGUCCAAUCUCUUCAAUCAUUCAAAGCUGUAUGGACGCAUGGACUCUAUACGUUUGUAUGAUGGUGAUGUCUACAAUGUUACCUCUGUGUUUAUGGAUCAAAUAGAAUCAGAUACCAAAAAUCAAAAGUCAUUCUUUAAAACACAAGGUCCCACCUUAAGUGUUCAUCUAAUGGCUAGUGGGGCUCCCGAAUAUCAUGGUUUUAUCGCAGAAGUGGUAACAGUGCCCAUAUCAACUAUAGGACAAUAUCGUGAUGCUUUACACAAUAUAACUUCUUCCCACAUAACGGGUGCCACCAAGGGUGCUGUUACUUAUUCCUCGGCAGGAGAAAUUACUCCUACAUUAACCUUAACCUCCAAUCGUAUACAAAAUAAUUGCAUGCAAUUAUAUGGAAACUUUUCAACUUGUCCCUCAGCCAUUCAUGUGGAUGUGCAAAAUAUGAAUUCUUUCUAUUUUAUGAAUAACUUAAUUUUGAAUAAUCAGGGCGGUUUGAAAUUACGUGCUGAUUCUCGUGGCUCUGCCACUUCUCUCAGAGGUUUUAUACACCACAACCUGUUCCUCAAGAAUCGCAAUCGUCCCGCUUUAUUCAUAGAGGGCCGGCAAUCUUCACCCUACCAAGAAGUUGAGUUAUACCGCAACUAUUUCGCUCAAAAUCAAGCUGGUUUUGAGGAUGUCAUACGUUUGCGCCAAGUUGUUUCCAAUUUUAGUUACAAUUUUGUGCACAGCAAUGUGGGCGGACGCAUAGUGGAGGUGUCUGGCUUUGAAAAGGUUCGUUUGCCCAUUUACCAGAGCACAUCUCAUAAUGGUUUUUAUAGAAAUGUGGCCACUAAUUGGAUGGGUAGAGCUACAAUUGUGGCUGGUACAGCCGGCCAACAAUAUGUGGAUAAUAUUUUUGAAAAUCCCGAUAAUGAUUAUGAAAUUAUCACAGUCAACAGUACCAUUUCCAGUUUUGACUAUCGAAACAGCACCAUUGAAUUAUGGCGUUCUAAAAUCGAUGCCCGACACAAUUAUUGGAGUUACAACAACAGUAUAUCUGUGCAGUCCAGAAUUAAAGAUAAAUCGGAUGAUCCCUUGUUGCUGGAAGUGCAAGCAGUACCCUUCCAAAUGAAUAAUCAAACAAUAUUGGAUGGAAAAUGCCCGCCCGGUUGGGGUCAAGUGCAGGAUACUUGUUUUAUGUAUGUGGGAGUGCCCAUGACUUUCCACGAAGCCAAAGACUUUUGUAGAUCGGAGAACUCUUCAAUGCCGUUUAUAAAAACCGAUAGUGCCACUUUGUGGUCAUAUCUGCAGACACAAAUGAGACACUUAAAAUAUCCCGAAAAAGUGUGGAUCCAGGAUUUCAAUCAUAUAGAUAGAUGCACCAGUUUUGCAUUUGCCGAAGUGACAAUAGAAGAGUGUAGCAAAGAAAUGGGUUUUAUAUGUGAAAUUGAUCCAAAAGUGGUAAUUGAUCCCUUGUCUUGGAGAGCAGAUGUCUUUGCCAUCAGCAUUAUUUCCGCCUUUGUAUUAGCCAUUAUUUUAUUGGUUUUGGUGGGCAUCUGCUGGUAUGCAAAAUCCAAGCACCGACAUGUUCAACGCCUGCAAAGACGCAACAGUAUACGACAAAGUUUACGCAGUUUGAAUAGCAUAGAUCCUCAGGGAUCCUUGAGAAGAAGAAAUUUUAACAUGUCCACAUCAACGGGCACUUUAACCAAAACAAUGGCUCAAGAUUAUAAAAUGAUGGGCAAUGGUUCAUUUGAGUCCAUAGAUAAAAGUGUUUUGAGUUCAGAGGCCAGUUUUGAACCCUAUGAAAAUCACCGUAAUGGUGAGAAAUCUGAAUAUCAAACGCCCAAGAAGUUACAAAAUGAAUAUGUUACUAGUACCGUUAGAUCGGGUUCCUCACAAGGCCCCCAGAGAGUAGCAACUAUAGGCUCCGCCUCUAAGGCCAGUGCCAGCAGAGGAAGAGCAGCAGUGGCUGCCUGGUCCGAACAAAAGCCUACAGAUUUUGAACUUUCGUAUCGCAAUGAGGGUUUCCGUGAUAACUCCACCUAUUCGGGGACACGCAAUAAUUCUAUAAGUACCAGCAUUGCGGAAGAUACACCCAUUAUACACCAAACAGAUGUAGAAGAAACAGGUUCCGAUUAUUAUGGUAAUGCCAGUACAUUACCGCUGCGACACGACCCCAAUGAAAAUUUAACCUUUUUAUCAGAACUCAAGAGAAACAUACCCGAACAACGCAACAGUACUUUAUCGGACAGACCGCCAAGUUCAUUUCUGCCCCCAUUACAAAAAACUCCCUCACCCACCACGACUCAAACACCGUUUGGCAAUAAUUCGCAUGCCGAUAGUUUGACCUACGAACAAAAAAUCGAUAAUUUGAACUUUAGUUCUUUAGCCGAAUUACGUAGUCAUAAUAAUAGCCAAGUAAGUAAUGCCACAGCUGUUAUACCGCCCGACAUUAGACGUCCGGACUCGUAUAUGACAGCCGUGGGAACGAAUAGACUGUCAAGGCCAGUUUCAGCUUUUGGCAAUACACCCAAGUAUGAUACGCCUACGGCCCAUGUGGCCAGUAGACGACCCAAAACAGUUUACGAAAGUGAUGACACUGCCACAGCACAAUUACCUUCAUCCCUAAGGCCAGACGAACGUAAAGCGUCGUACCAGCAACGUUCACGUUCGGAAGCAUUGCUAGAGACUGAUCUUGAUCUUGACAAUACACCGACCAUGGAUGCUAAUGGCAGAUCGUACAGCCAACCAUUAGAGACCUCAAUGUAAGUGAGCUCACAUCAAUGUUCCAUUAGGUUUUACAAUUUAAUUCAAUUCAAUACAACAAAAUAUUGAUGAUCUCUUACAUUAGGGAUUUUUGAUUUUAAUUUAAUUUUAAAAUAAUUUUAUUUUUUAUAUUUAUAAUUUAAAUAAAGCAAUAUUUUAUAUUAUAUUUUAAAACUUUUAAGUUCUGCUACUUUUAACAUCACUUUAAGUACUUUGUGUUUAAUUCAAUUUUUUUUAUUCAUUAUUCAAGUUGUUAAUUUAAUUUUUUUAUUUUUAGUUUUUAAACAAAUGAGAUUUUCUUUUCUUUUUUAUUAGUUUUUAUUUUUUUAAAUAAUAACAAAAACAUCAACAUUCCCUCCAUUAUUUAUUUAAGAUUAUUAACUAAUUUAAUUGUACUAUUAUUAAUAAUAAUAAUAAUAAUAAUAAUAUAAUUACAACUGAUUUAGCAACAAAUAUAACUAAAACAUUUACAAAUUAUUUUUUAAGCAUUGUAUUAUUGUAAUUUUUAUGCGACUUUAUUAAAUAAAUAAUUGUAUUAUAAUAAUAAUUUUAUGUAAAUAUUAAAAAACAAACAAACAAAUAAAUUUAUAAUUCUUAAAAAUCAAAA